UCAGCCUUCAGAAAUUCAGAAUCGCUUUGAGAGCCUUGGAAGAAAUCGGCGUGGUCGUGUCAACUCUUUGAGAACAACCUAGGGCCAAAAGGACAGCGUCUCCGUGCCUCACGACAAGGCUCCUUACCGACCCCCACCCUUUCUGGCCAACGACCCCCCCCCCCCACCAGGACCCAGUAACCCCUGUCCAGCGGGAGGAGGACCCUCCACCACCUCUACCAGUCCAGCCAGGCCGGUCAGUCCACAGCGGUCAGCGGGGAGCAUCAGGCCAGCAGCCAAGCUGGAGGGAGAAGGAGGAGGAGGGGAGCUGGAUCUGCAGCAGGGGCCCUCAGGGGCCGAGGGCCCGGGCUUCAUGUUGAGGUACAGAGGCUGUGGUACCUCUGCUACUGCUACAGAUGCUGAUGGCACCACUACGGAGCAGAUGGCUCCUAGAGAGCAGGAGGAGGAUGUGAUCUCAGACGGCCACACACACAACGGGGUGACUCUGAGGAGACCCAAUGCGCUGGAGUUGCAGAAAAUGACUGAUGGAGAGGAGGGAGAUGGAGAGAUGGACUCUACAUCGACGGGGGAGGAGGACUUCAAGACUUCAGACGAGGGCUUCAUGGGCAUGACACCGCUACUACAGGCCCACCACGCCAUGGAGAAGAUGGAGGAGUUCGUUCACAAGGUAUGGGAAGGUCGGUGGCGUGUUAUUCCCCAUGACGUGCUGCCUGAGUGGCUGAAGGACAAUGAGUAUCUCCGCCACGGACACCGGCCACCCAUGCCCUCCUUCAGGGCCUGCUUCAAGAGCAUCUUCAGGAUCCACACUGAGACGGGCAACAUCUGGACUCACCUGCUGGGCUGUCUGUUCUUCCUGUGCCUGGGCAUCAUGUAUAUGUUCCGCUCCAACAUGUACUUUGCUGCCCCGUUCCAGGAGAAGAUAGUGAUCGGUAUCUUCUUCAUCGGAGCCAUCCUGUGUCUCUCCUUCUCCUGGCUCUUCCACACCGUCUACUGCCACUCCGAGGGCGUCUCGCGCGUAUUCUCCAAACUGGACUACUCAGGCAUAGCCUUCCUGAUCAUGGGCUCCUUUGUCCCCUGGCUCUACUACUCGUUCUACUGCUCUCCCAACCCCAGGCUGAUCUACCUGGUAGUCGUCUGUAUACUAGGAGUCUCUGCCAUCGUUGUCUCGCAGUGUGACUUCUUCGCUAAGCCACAGUACCGCGGCGUCAGAGCAGGAGUGUUUGUAGGUCUGGGUCUGAGCGGUGUGGUUCCCACCCUGCACUUUGUCAUCACCGAGGGCUUGCCGAGAGCCACUACUAUGGGUCAGAUGGGCUGGCUCCUCCUCAUGGCUACUCUCUACAUCUCUGGAGCCUGCAUCUACGCAGCACGGAUCCCAGAGAGGUUCUUCCCAGGGAAAUGUGACAUCUGGUUCCACUCUCAUCAGUUGUUCCACGUCCUGGUGGUGGCGGGAGCGUUCGUCCAUUUCCACGGCGUGUCCAACCUGCAGGCGUUUCGCUAUGCGGCCGGGGCGGGAUGUGAGGUGGACAAUGCCCUGUGAAGCUCCUGCACGCCACGCCGACACACCACCAGGGGGAGAUACACACACACACACACACACACACACACACAGACACGGGAGACUGAUGAACGCUCAUAUACACACACACACACACACACACUGGAGACACAAACACUGACUCCCCCGUAGCGACCCGUCUCUCUUUGUACAGGAUACCCCUUAGAGGACACAUGAAAAAAAAAGACAAGGUUUUCUUUUCAGUUGGAAAAAAUGACCUACGUCUCAUUUGUUUUUCUCCUCUCUCCAUCUUGUUUUGAUUAACUGCAUCAAGGGGUUUUUGACAUUUUUGAGACUGGUCCCCCCCCCCUCAAAAAAAGAAGUAGUGUGAAUUUUGAGUAAUCUGUUGACGUGAUCAUGGUUGUUAUGAUUAUCAUAAUUCUAAACGUGCUCACGGUGCAAAGCAACAAAACAAUUAAAUGGUGGGGGUUUCUUAAUGCCAUGGUGGUGGGGGUUUCUUAAUACCAUAGUAGUGGAAGGAAGGAAAACAUUACAAAAAAAAAAAAGGGUGGGCAUGGAGUGGGGGUUGGGGAGGCUAGCCGCUUUUCAACGUUUUUCAUGUAUAUAAGAUUUCUAAAUUGGGGUUAUAUAGAUUUUUAUUAAAUAUAUAUCAUUAAAAAAAAUAAAAAUAAGAAAAAAUGUAAUAAGAUAAAUUACGAGAUAUUGAAGAAAAAAAAUCUGUAAAGAUGAUGUGGCAACAACCAAGAAACCACCAUUAUGUAUAAACCAGUCAUUUGACCAGAGGGGGGAAUUAAGGGGUGAAUAUAGGAGAACCACACACUGUUGAAGGGAGCUAUCGCACAAAGAGUUGAGACGUGUGAAGGGGAGAGGGAGAUCAACUUCAUAACGAGGGAGGCGGGUCGGCAAUCUCCCCGGCGCUACAAGGGUUAAACCCUAGGGUGGAAAUACGACCCGUGAUUGGCUGAAGUAGAGCCCCAGUUGACAAAUCAGGUGCGGAAGUCUGUUCAUAUUCUUUUCAAAAGUAGUGCACUACAUGGGGAAUAGGGUGCCAUUUGGGACAGACACAGCCCGUGUAUAUCUUGACGUCUAGCUACUUUGUCUCAUUCCGUUAGACCGUGACAUCUAGUGCGUCAUCCCAACAGUCAACAUGACCCUUCCUUCCUAACAUUAGAAACCAACGUCAGGGUGCAUUCCAAAUGGCACCCUAUUCCCUAUAUAGUGCACUACUUUUGACCAGAGCCGAGCAUAGGUCAAACGUAGUACACAAUAUAGGGAAUUAGGGUGCCGUUUCUGAUGCAUUUUAGUUUCUCGAACCCUAAGUGAAACCAACAUCAUCAGUGAGAAGCCAGUGUCUAUCCCCUUACCAAGUGAGGCUAGACUUUUUUUUUGAUGGUCUGGCAUAAAGUGACUUUGUACUACGUUUUGUGUGAAUUGUGUGAUUCAUUGACUUUAAGGUUAAGUCCCAAAUGGUACCCUAUUCCCUAUAUAGUGCACUACUUUUGACCAGGUAGUGCACUAUAUAGGGAAUAGGGUGCCAUUUGGGAGGGAAUAGGGUGCCAUUUGGGACCCGGAUAUAAAAACAGAUCAAUAUUUCAGAACAGAAAAUGCAUCUCAAAAUGUGUUUGAUUAUUAUUUUGUAUGCUAUUAUUUAGUUAAAUAUUCAUCACCACAGGCUUUAAGUUCAUUUGUUCUUUCUUUCUCCACAACCGCUGCGAUUGUCUGUUUUUUGGGAGGUUUUCUAUUCUCUUUUAAAGGGUGUGUAUGUGAUUGAAAAGAUUGAAACAUGUAAUACCAGAUUGACUUAGAGGGGCGUCACAAUCACUGUCCUGUUUCUACGGUGAGGCUCUGGGUAUCUGUUUCUACGGUGAGGCUCUAGGUAUCUGUUUGGAGCUUUGUGUAUUAGGGCUCGAUUCAAUCCAUUGCCGAAGUUCGGCGCUAUAGCGCGAUUUGAAAUUUAAAAGCAAUCUUCCCGCGUUGGCGGAGACUGCAUUCGUGGUAAACGCUGCAUAUGUCGGCUCAAUGGGAUGUGAACUUCGGCGAUAUGUAUUGAAUUGAGCCCUUAGUUAAUGUGUAUCAGAUCUACUUUCUAGACAUGCAUCUAUGCCACGGUGCAUAGCUGUGCUGAGGCUGAGAGCCUUCUCUCUCCACUUCAGAUUCAUCCGCCACACACCCGCUCAGUCUAACUGCUUCUGUACCUGUCGCUCAAGCUAUAACACUAACAGACAUGUAUUCGUUGUGAAGAUAUACAUGCGGUGCAUUUGAGACCUUGAUCUCAGUUUCACUAGAGAACCUAGCUUGGUUGCCAGGUCAGUAUGUGCUUUAGCCAACCAAUGCCAUGAAAUUGAAAGUCAGAAGUUUGCUUAAGCCUCUACAGGUCUGGCAACUAGGCUAGACCAGACGGUGGUGUCAGAUCACAACUCCUCGACAACACAUAGAGUUAUAUGGAGUGCUUCAUUUGAUCCUCUAUUGGAGUUAAAAAGCUUAUAUAAACAUAAUCAGGGAGGCAGUUUCCACUCUUGACUCUUUUAGGAGGAAGGAGAUUUUCCCCCUUCUGUCCUUCUCUUGGGUUUGGGUCCUUGAUAGCCUGGUCCCAGAUCUGUUUGUGCUAUCUUGCCAACUCAUUGUCAGACUGUGACCAUAGGAGUUGGCUAGAUGGCACAAAGAGAUCUGGGACCAGGCUAGGUCCUUAAUGCUCUGUGUUGAGACUAUAGAUUUCUUAACUUAUCAAUCUUCAGCCCAGAGUUACGAGGCCUUCGUUUCAUUGUGACAGUUCAACAGAAAAAACAAAGGAAAACGGCUGUUUUUGUUUUAUUUAUUUUAAAUUUAAUUUCUUUAUUUUUGUGUUUAGUUUUUCUUUUGGGAAGUGCAUAUUGUUUGUUGUUGAAGCACACGUCCAGUGGUGACAGUGUGAUUGCAAUAGGCCUUUAUAUCUGCUGUGUUGUUCUAAUAAAAGGUUUUGGAUUCUG